ACUAAACACGUGAAGUUUCUGCUGCGUUUCUGCUGCUUGCAUCUCGCAGGUAGAACAGGUUUGUUGUCAUUGCAGGUUUAGCGUCGCCAUGUAACGUUUGCUACGCGCUAAUUGCCAUGUGACCAGCUUCAAUGAAGUUCCUCCAGCAUUUUCGCUGGUUGAAUCGAGUCAACCACAACGUUACCACCCGCAACGAUUCUGUAUUCGACGCGGGCCUGGACAACCCAGCCAUGAACUUGCCAGAGCUGGACGAUAUCGACACCGCCGUCCUGCUCUCCACCUUCACAUGUAAAAAGAAAAGCUUUAAAGUGUUUUUCCAUAAAAAUCAAAUAGUCUGGGACCGAGUUAAAGCUCCUUUCGCACAAACAAGAGUAUCUAUUGAGGAUGUCAUUUCUGUACGGCACACUGUCAAAAGGGGUGGUUAUUGUGACCAUGAGGAGGUUGAGAUUAAUCCAAACAGUUUCAUCAUUCACUAUGCCACACUAGAGAGCAACAAUUGCCUAAAAUAUGCAAAUGUUGUAUUUUCACACACUGAUCCAAUGCAGGUGCAAUCAUGGGUGAAGACACUGCAGAACUUUCUCAAAAAAAUCGCGCGCCCUAAGAAUAUAUUAAUGUUCGUCAAUCCAUUCGGCGGGCGCAGGCAAGGAAUAAAAAUCAAUCAAAAGAUUUGUAAGCCGCUGUUUGAGAUCGCGGGCGUUGAGGUGACUGUGAUUGUUUCGCAGCGCAAAAAUCAGAUCCGCGAUUACAUCUUGGAGCACAGCAUGGACCAUUACGACGCAGUAGCGUGCGUGGGCGGUGAUGGCACCGUCUCCGAGAUUUUUAAUGGUCUGGUGAUGCGAGAAUGUCGCGACCAGUGUAUUGACAUCGAUGACGCCAACGUGGAUCUGCCCACGCCUAAGAUGCCCAUUGGAAUCAUCCCCGGUGGCAGCACCGAUACGAUAUCGUAUUGUCUCCAUGGCACGACUGACAUUACUACGGCAGUGUUGUAUAUAAUCCUGGGACAACGUCUGGGAAUGGAUUUGGUGUCUGUUUAUGACCAUCACAAGCUUCUGCGCCUGUAUGCAAGCGUUCUGAGCUAUGGGUAUUUGGGCGAUGUGAUAUACCACAGCGAGAAAUAUAGAUGGAUGGGUCCGCGGCGUUAUGAUUACUCUGGUUUCAAGACAAUCAUUGCGAAUAAGGGCUACGAAGGCGAGAUUGCUAUCAAAGCGAUGGAUGAUGCGCCAGCAUCGCCUAUUAAAUGCGUUGCCGAUUGUAAGGAGUGUGGCGAUAGAGGUGAUAAUAGCGGUAAGCCACCCGAGGAAGCCUGGCGCAGCGUGCAGGGCAAGUUUUUUAUGAUUAGCGGCGCCAAUAUCAGUUGUUCCUGCGACCGCACACCGAAUGGUAUUGCACCUUUUUGUCAUUUGGGUAAUGGACAACUGCACAUGGUUGUGGUGCGACACACUUCUCUCCUCAACAACCUGCGUUUGCUGCUGCGGCUAACGGACAGGUCGCGUGGCCUCGGCGAAUUUCCCUUUGUCGAAGUGCAUCAGGGCUCCGAGUUUUGCUUUCGGCCGUUGAACGCCACCAGCAAGUGGAAUUGCGACGGCGAGUUGCAGCAUGAAACUGAGAUACGCGCAAAGGUGCGAUGUCAAUUGCUCACGGUGUUUGGCCGCGGCCGGCCGGACCAGGAGCCGGUGGUGCGGCGUUGCGGCGUUUGCUGUUAAUUGUGUGCGGCGUUUCUAUCUCAAAUUCUCAAUUUGGUUGUGGGUAGAAUUCACGAAACGUGGUGGCGGCUGCUCUACUUGAUUUCUUUUAGUUCCUUGGCUUUUUACAUUCCAACUUUCACUCGAAACUUACAGAGUUACCUUCUUAUAUAAGUAUUUAUUGCAUAGUAUUGCCACUGGGCUGAAUGUUUGAAUCAGCGCAUCAGUACCAAGUAUUAUCAAUUUAGUUUUUUUGACACUACGCGCAUUUAAUCUGAUGAGGUGUGAUGAUUCCAAUCUGCUUCUCAUUUAAUAUCAUUAUUUUAUACAAGCGGACGAAAUAUAAAGAUACAUAUUGUUGACACAA